CUGACAUGCCAUCAAAGGGAGAGGACGGAGGAACAGAGGGGACCGCUGGAAAGUGAAUCCGUUUCUGAAAUGAAAAGAAGGGGAAUCAACCAACCAAACACACACAAAUUUAGCCGGCACCGGUGCCGAGCAGGAGGACUCUGACCCUGCUGUGCAAACACAGCGCAAACCAGGGACUCUGCGGCCAGAGAUUGCAUUUUGUCCAUUUCUGCUCCUGGAUCCAUAGGGAAGCCUCUGUGGGGAAACGGUUAGCAUGGAAGAUCUGGUGAAAGACCCCAGGUUCGACCCUGGACUGGUCCACGUCUUAAUUGAAAAUUUCAGCAUCCCGGCUGCCUGCUUUUCCCAUCCGCCAAGGGCUCUGCAAUGGCUGCAACAGCAGAACAUGGUGGAGCUCUGUGUGACUGGCAUGCUGACCUUCCUCACCCUCCUGUCCGUCAUCAUCUUCACCGAAGACGCCUUGUACCUUUCUAAGAAGGUCCGAUGUUUUGUCAAGAUGAAAACCCUCAUUUGGAGCAGCUCGGGGCCAACCGUCGUUUCCAUCUUUUGCCUUUUCGGACUCUGGAUCCCGAGGUCCAUGCCGGUGGUGGAGAUGGCCAUAACCUCGUACUUUGCUGUCUGCUUCUACCUGAUGACGCUGGUCAUAGUGGAAGGACUUGGGGGCAAGGCAGCCGUGCUCAAGACCCUGAAGGACACUCCGGUGAGGAUCAGCACGGGGCCGUGUUGCUGUUGCUGCCCUUGCUGCCCACACAUCACAAUGACCAAGCGAAAGCUUCGGAUUCUGAUCCUGGGCACCUUCCAGUAUGCCUUCUUCCGAGGCGCCUGUGCUUUUUUGGGGCUUGUUUUGACCACGGAAGGCCUGUAUGACACAGCAGAUAUCUCAGAAUACAGCGUGGCUCUUUGGAUCAACACCACGGCCGGCGUCUCCACUCUCUUUGGUCUCUGGGCAUUGGCCAUCCUCUUUCGUUCCGUCAAGAUGCACCUGGCAGAACAGAAUGUGGGCGCCAAAUUUGCGUGCUUCCAGGUUCUCCUGAUUCUGACAGCGCUGCAGCCCUCCAUCUUCAGCAUUUUGGGGAAUGGCGGACAGAUUGCAUGCGCCCCACCUUUCUCCUCCAGAUCGCGGUCCCAGCAGAUGCACUUCCAGCUCCUGAUUGUAGAAACCUUCAUCAUGGCCGUCUUGACCAGGAUGUAUUACCGGAAAGCAGAUGACCAACCUGGCUGCUGCCCAGCUGGAUCUCCAGAGAGCAGAACAGAGCCGAAUGCCCACUAAGCUGAACGGAAAAUGGAGGCGGAUGUCAGAGCCA